AUGACGAAAAGUGUUUACCCAGAUGAAUUGAUUUCAAUUGUCAGUCAAGAGAUUGCUUAUAAUAAAGGAAGUAUUUCUUUUGACAAAUUAUGGACAAUAGUAGGGAAUUACAUCGAGCUUACAGAUAAGAAUAUAAAAGCAUAUAUUUUUCAAAAUUUACAGGCCAGUCCAGAUAUUGAUUUCUAUAGAAAUGGGGUAUUAAUGUCAGUUGAACCUGAACUCUUGGAAAAUAACCUGGAUGAUUUUCAAAUAAAGAUAAAAGAAGACAAACUAUGGGAAUUAUUAACGGGUUAUAAUAAAAAGGAAUGUAAAAUUGGUGCAGCUGCAUUUGAAUUACUUUUGGAGAUUGCUAGUUCUAAAGAAGCUGGUAUUAAUACAAAAAAUUUAGCUGAUGUUGCGAAACAGGACAGAAGAAGUGUUACAGGUAGAAUAAAAAAAAUAGAACAUCUGAUUAAAUCUACCCAAUUGGUAUAUCAAGGACAUAUUGUAAAGUUAAUUAAAUUAAAUAAGUUUGCAAAUGAUGACGAAAAAAUAGAGGAAUAUGUUAGUAUCAGGGAAAAGGUGGGAACUAUCGUUAAAAUUGUUAAAAAUUCGAAAAAUAGAAUACGUCAAAUCAUUGAUCUAAGAAGAGAAUUAAAAUAUGAUCAGAACAGUAAAAUGUCGAAGUCCUUUCUUUCAGCCAUCACCUGGUUACAAGAAAAAGGGUGUUUAAGAAAAGUUUAUGUCGUUUCACCAUCAGAUCCUUCGAGAAAGAUUAGAUGUGUACAAUAUGUGAAAGAUUUUGAUACCGAAGAUAAGAUAUCAGAAAGUUACGAAAGUGACAGUGAUGACGAAGAAGCAACUCAAACUGAAAAAAUGAGUGACGACAAUUAUGAUGAUCUCGAUAAUUUGAAUUCUACGCAUCUUUUACAAGGAGAUGGUCUUAUUUUAACUGAAUCGGAAGAUGACGUACAACGUAGCACCUACUCAAUUAAUAGGUUUUACCCCAUUCAAAAUCAAACAUACGAAUUUGCGAAAAACUCUGGUACAGACGGUGUAUCCAUGAUGGAUGCUGUCAAGAGUAUUGUUGGUAGGGAUUAUAAAAGAGCUUUUACUAGAUCGAGUGAUUCCUUUAUUGAGACGGUUGGGAAACAGACAUCACAUACAGAUAAUGAUUCUAUUGUCCGAGUAUAUGAUUUUGAAGGUAAAAAGAAGUUUUAUAGGUUAUUUUCGAAAGCUAAUUUUGAAAAGUUAGCUGGUAUAGAUGGUCAAAAGGUUGAAGCAGGUUUUCCAGUGGUAUUUAAUUCCACAGAAAAAUUUAAGGAUAUUAAUUUAAGAGAAAGUAAGCCAAUAGUAGACUCCUUAAGAUUCGCGACAGUCGACGGUGUAGAUAAGUUUUUUUGGCAUGGGACUUUAGACAUUCCAAAGAGCUCAGGAGUUAUUUCUACAAAAAGAGGUCGUAAAAGGAAAGGUGCAACAGAAUCUGAAUCGGAGACAAGAAAACUUCAACAAAAGAGUAAGAUAUAUACCCCAUCUAUCGAAACAUCAGAUGAUAAACUACCAUUAGUUAUUGAUACAUUAUCUAAUGCUGAAGUAAAUAAUAAACUCGCAUCUAAUAUAUUCAAUGUUGGAGGAUUUACUGCGGGCUCGUUGAGGUCAUUGAAAAGACAACAAGCUAUACUUUCGGUUGUAACUAAGAUGGGUGGUAUUUCAAGUACAGGUGAUCGUUUCUUAGAUGCAGUUUCAAGACAUUUAGGAUCUCUAACAAUAGUUGAUAAAAAGACUUUAAGAGGUGAUAUCGAGCUAAUGGUAUCUGGAGAAAAAUUGAAGAUUCAAUAUGAUUUUAUUGGCAAAAGACAAUAUAUUUAUUUACCAACUGUUACAGAAGAACAGUUUUCGGAUCAUCUUUUAAAGGAAAAAGAUAAUAAAAAAACUUUUUAUUCAAAGGAUACUUUACAUGACACAGAUAUUUAUUUCUUUGACCAAACUGAAAAGAAUAGAUUUCAUAGAGGUGUCAAGUCAGCUGAAAGAGUCAAAAAAUUCCAAGAAAAAGGGAAAACGAAACGAGCAACAUCUUCGUCUUCAUUUCCAAAAGCUGAAUCAAGAAAUAUAUCAAAAAAGAGAAUGCUAAGUGCUUCUAAUGGGACUAAUUCUUCUUCUGGUAAAAAAUCAGAGUUAGCAAAACAAAAAUUAGUUCAGACUUUAAAAACGCAGUUUCAUUUGGGUAGCAAGUUAGGUUUGAAAUCUUUAAUAUUCUGCGUGGUUAUAAGUAAAAGUAUCAAAAAUGAAAUUUUAUGGGAUGUUAUAACAAAAUUAUUUCCAAGUAAUUCCUUACAGAAUUUAAAAAAACAAUGGACAACAUACAGAGUCCGUAUGGGUUAUCAUGGUUGGAAGGCCUAUGUACAUAAAUGGAAAAGAAUAUUGUUGACCGCCAUUAAGGACGAAACGAUUUUAUUUAAGGAUGUCGAAGCUUUAGAUUUACCAAAAUUAGUUAAAUUGUGGAUGGAUUAUGAAAACAAAGAGAGUAACAAAUGCAUAACACUGUAUAAAAAUUUUGGACAGAACAGAAAGAAAUAUAGUUUUGUAAACAACAAAAAUAAUCUAGAAUCCUACAUCAGUUUAGCAAUGUCGUCUAUGGUUCAAAGGGAGGUUUUUCUGUUGAAAAAAUGUUAUACCACAAAUAUCAGCAUUGGGACACGUGAGCACUCUAAAAUUCAAGAUUUUGCUGAGAAUGAGAUUAAGGCAAUAAUAAGAUCCAUCCUCAUGGACGUUUCAGAGACAUCUAAAGACAAAAUGAGCAUAUUAGAUAAUUUUCAAAAGGAAGACAUUGAUAAAGUUGUCAUGGAGAUGGCAAGAGAAAAACAAUUGUAUCUCCAUGGUUCAAAACUGGAGGCAAGUAGCACAGUUGAUGAUAUCUUGAAUGCGAAAAGCCAUCUAAAUUUCUUUUCUGAAUCAGCACACUACAAAAACAGGCUAGAAGAAAUGUUAGAGAUGAAAAAUGGUAUUGUAAUAAGUAAGGAAAUUAAUGAUUGCUCAUCUGCUGUUUUGAUUGAUCUUAUUUCAAGGGAAAAACUAAAGUUGGAUUUGAUACCAUUGGAAAGAAAGUUCGAAAAAUUAAAUUACUCUACCAGAACAUUAGAUAGGACAUAUUUGACUCCGCCGCUGAUUGUCAGCAGGAAUAAUUCAAAUUUGAAUGUUGGUAAAAAGAGAAAAAUGAUUCCUGUACCUCCAGCAAAGGCAUUUUCAAGAUUAUGGAUUAAUGCAGAAGGUAAUGUGAGAGAGAACAUUUGGAAAAAAGCUGUAUCUAUGGUUUUAUAUGAAAUCUUAUUUAAUCCUGGUAUUGUAGUCUCGAAAUUGGUUACUAAUUGCAGUGAUAUUUUAUGUGACAAAGAACUUGUAGAUAUCUGCGAUUGGCUAAAGGAAAAAGAAUUGAUUUAUGAUGCACCCUUUUCUGGGUUCAGUGCGUCUUAUAAUUGGUAUACUUUUCUGUCAUAA